GAGUCUCUUGAGGGGGUGAGGAGUGUGCGGGGGGGUCAGUGGCUUGCAGCCUCCAUGCUCCUACUUAAUGAAUCGCCGGUACCCGCGGCCUGCGCUGCGCCCGAAAUUCGCGCUCCGUUCAAAAAGUUAAGGAGCAGUGCGCCGUCUCCCUUGCGCAUUCGCGUUGCAACAAACGCAACCGGGUAGUACUUCGCGCAACUAUAUACUUGGAUUCGUGGAAAGAAUAAAUAAUGACAAUAAAUGAGACAUAAAUUAUGUAGAUCUUUUAAAUACACUUAGUAGAACGAAGACAAUAAAUAGAUUGUAAUAUUAUAUGCAAAAGAGAGGGAUGUGAGAUGCUUUUGGAGACUGCAGUGCUAGAUGUGUUUUGAGGAGAUGUCGGGGGAAACCACGAGGCGUUACAGAGCCGGGUCCAUGGAAACCGGGGGGCUGCCACUUGUAUCUACCUUCGCACUCCUCACUAUUGUAGCAGGGCAGCUACAAGGCUCCGGGUACAGCGAGCCCCCGGAGCCCGAGUUCCUGGCGCCGCUGGAGAACCUCACGGUCGCCCAGGGCAGGGACGUGUACUUCACAUGCAUCGUCAACCAUCUAGGCAACUAUCGGGUGGCGUGGUUGAAAUCCGAUACGAAGAUGAUCCUGGCAAUACACACACACAUGGUAAACAACAACCCUCGUCUGUCAGUCACACACAACGGACACAACACAUGGAAGCUUUACAUCAGCAACGUCGAGCCCAAGGAUUCUGGCAGCUACAUGUGCCAGAUCAAUACAGACCCUAUGAUGAGCCAGCUGGGUCAUCUGUCAGUGGUGAUCCCGCCAGAUAUAGCAGACGAGGACGGGUCGGAGGCAGUGGCAUCGGAAGGAGGCUCGGUGGAGCUGCGCUGCACGGCCACCGGAGUGCCAGAACCUAGCAUAUCGUGGAGGAGAACUGAAGGCCGUAAUAUCAUCUUUCGUGAUACUGCAGGAAAAGAGGUUAAAGUGGUGGACAACUACGUAGGCUCGACGUUGACCCUGAAAAACCUUCAGCGAACUGACAUGGGGACAUACUUGUGCAUUGCAGCCAACGGAGUACCGCCCACCCAGAGCCGGCGGUAUGAUGUUGCUGUCAGGUUUGAGCCGGUGGUGCGAGUGGACAGUCCAGUAGUGUUGCGAGCGGCUGACAUGCAAGUGACGUUGCAGUGUUACGUCGAGGCUUCGCCCAAGUCGCUCAACACUUGGCAGCGAGGGAAAUCACAAGCAGGUGGAAAGCUGCUCAACGGCUCCAAAUACAUCAUAUCGGAACAUGUCAUAAACGAGUACGCUCUUCGCAUGAACUUAACCAUUAACCGCUUGAAGAAGAGCGACUUUGGAGAAUACACGUGUUCAGCCGGCAAUGGAUACGGCAGGGCUGAGGGCUCCGUUUUAUUAAAAGAAACGCCGCAGCGGACGACGACCACGACAACUACAACAACGACCACAACAACAACUACAACGCCGCAGCCGACGACCACCUCAACAACAACGCGACCUCCAAAGCGACAUCCCAAGAAGCAACACGAACGAAAUCAGAACGCGCUCGACGCUGAACACCGACAACACGAAAAUAAUAACGCGCUCAACUUCUACAACAUUAACGCGUACGCAACACCUAACAACACACACAACGAUUACGCGCAGAGAACCGAACGACAGAAAGUACGCCCAAAAACACAAUCGAAACAUUACGUCGUCUACAACAACGCGUCAACUAUAAACUCCAUUCUAUUUUCGAUCGCAUUCCUAAUAAAACUCAUUGUAUAAAAUUAUAUUUUUUAAAUUAGCAGUAUUAUGUAGUGAUAAAAACAUGGCUGUUGAAUUUUGUAAGGAUAAUGUACGUAUUUUGAGGUUGUUGUAAUUAAGUAUUUACAUCCCGAUGUUAACGUUUUGGCGGGAGCUACAUUAACAGCCUUACCUAUAUUUGUGACAAUAAAAAUGGACGCUCAGAUAGGAGAUGACGAACUUAAAAUCUAUACAAAUCAGUAAUACCAUGUUUUUACAUUUUACAUUUUUUAAAAUAUGAGCUGUAGUUAUGUAUUAAAGUACUUUAUUUUUGUUUUUAAGAUUUCGUCAUAUAAUCGCAUCAUAAUUAUACAUUACUUAGUGCAUAUAACUAUUAUGCUAGCAAACUAGCUACUUCUCGCAGCUCCGCGCGCGCCUAAAAAGUAUCGGGUGCGUUUGUUAUACAAACUCAAAUACCCCAUUUUCGGUCUGUGAGGGCAAAAAUUGGAAAAGUAGCCGUUGAUUCCUGGUUUUUAAUGUAACUUUUAUUUUCAGACUCGAUGUAACUUUUUUUUAAAAGAAAUAAACGAAAAUUAAGAAUAAAUAUGUCUUCUCAUAGUUGACGUCCAUCAAAUUUAUUUUAAAAAUGUUAAUCUAUUGACAAUAAAUAAGCUUAAAUAAAUAGUAAGUGGAAAAAUUUACCCACUUCAAACCAUAUUGCUAUUGCACGAAUGGAAAAUAUAACAAACGUCAUCUUAGUAUUUUUAAUAAUUAUGUCUUUAGAGACAGAGAUACAUGAAAAGAGAGACACAGCCAGCUGUGCAGCUAUUUAAAACUUUUUUUUCACCUGUUUGAAAGAACUUUAUACAACACUACAGCUUUAAAUAUAAUAUCACUUAAUCAUAUCAAUGUCAUAUGUAUAAUAUGUAGUGUAUAUUGUGUUUGUAAAAAGUCAUAAAAAUCGAAAACCUUGUUUUAAAAAUUUAUAUAGUUCUUAUUGUAACGUGGCCUUGAUGUCAGUCACAGAUUUCUUUAAAAAUUAAUUAUUUUAUCCAAAAUAUUUUAGAACUUGUAUAUUAUAUACGAUAUGAUUAUAAAAGUAGAUAUCAAAUAGGUAAGAAUGUAAGUGUUAUUUUCUGUAAGACAAUAUUUAAUGUAUCUUGACAAUAGCCUGUAGCUUUAAGAUAUAUCUAGAGACCAAUAUUACACUUUAUGUAAAAGUCAUUUUAUUAAGAAAACAUUCAAAACAAUGAUUUGUUAAUUUUAAUUACUUUUGCUAAUUUUAAGGCUCAAUGUCAAAAAACAACGAAAUUGUUUAGACGUCGCUAUUGAUACGUCGUAUGUACGAUUUUGUAUUUAAUUUGUUACAUUUGAAUUUGUAGUAUUUAUGAUGGGUAAAAUAGAUGAUUUUUUUUACGUAAAACAUAAUGUAAAUUUGCGAUGAAGAAUAAUUCAUGACGUGAUUGUUUUUAAAAUUCCCAUUUUCCAACCUAGCAUUUGGAAAGAAAAAAUUGCUAGAAUAUAAAAUUUAAUAAUUGUAAUAAUAAAUUUGUCUUCCGAAUAGUGUAUUUAAAAUAAUGUAUUCGGCUCAUUCAAGUUUAUAUAAUAUGAGUUUGAAAGUUGAAUUGAAUAUCUAGUUUUGGGGUUCCUUUUGGACUUCAUGUAAAUCGUAGUGUAUGUAAGUAUGAAGAAGAAUUUAUUGUAGUGAUAGCGUUUAAAAAGAAUUUUGAUAAGAUAUUGUAAAAACAUGAUAUUUGCGAAUGUAGUUUAUGGCCUAUGUAUGUUACGUACAAAAUUAGGUUGAACAUUAAGUUGUCCGUGCGUUCAUUUUAUAUUAUUGUCUACUAUUUAAAACAUUGUUAUUUGUUUAAUGCCAGCAGUAUAUAUAUAGCUGGCAUAUUCACUCAGGCAGGUGAAUAUUUAAUCGCUGAACUGUGCACUAAGUUUGGCGGCAUACGUUACUGGUUUUUCAUUGCGGUAUACCUCUCUCAUACAAACUACGCAAUAGUCAUUCACUCGUAUCUGCAUCAGUGAGAUCAUAGAUAGUAUGUAUCCGGGGUAACAAAAUGUGUAGUCACUGCUUUGCUUUAAUCAAGACACAAACACGGUAAGAAUUAAUGUAUAAUCAACUUACCACUUGUUAAUGCUUGAUUGCGAAAGCAGAUUAACUUUUUUUUUACAUCAUAACUCCUUUACAAGUAAUGACAUGCAAAAUUAGAAGUAUUAAUAAACCGUGUACAAUAUGAUAAGGAUGUAUUGUUAAUUUAUGAUUGCAGUGAGUUUAUGUUAUGAUUUUUUAAUUUUAAUUAAAGGAAACCAAGGAAACUAAAGAUUUGUAGUGAUAAUCAACGUAUAAAAAUAGAAUGAAUGUAUUGAUAACAUUGAAGUAAAUUUUAUUUUGUAUUCAUGAAGAAGCAGUUCUUUUAAUAUAUAAAAAAUGAAAUGAGAGAGAUUUUCUUACAUCAAUGCAUGCGUUUCAAAAUUCGGUAGUCCUAUCAAGUUCUAAUUUAAAGUGACAAUAAAUAUGACAAUCACAAUAAUAAUUAUUAACUGUAAAUAAUUAAGGAAUGCUAAAUUGAUCGUUUAGCAUGAAUGCAUCUAACCUAAAUAAUCAGUGUUACUCGUAAGAUGUUGAUAUCAUUUUAUGACAUUUUAAAAUAAAAAUAUAUUCAAAAU